AUGCAGCUCCUGCUAGCACCCUGCCAUUCCCUGCCAUCCCCUCGCUGCCCUGCCCCCACCCUCCAUGUGCCCGUGUCCUUGCCCCUGUCGUGUCCUUUCUCCUCUCACCCCACAACUCACCAACCCACCUUGCAGCUGGACAGCGGGGUCAUCGACCAGCUCGUCCUGGGAGACCCCGACGCGCCCCGCUUCGUCUUCUGGGAGGGGUGCCUGCGCCCCGUGCGUGCGUCUCACCCCGUGCCGUGUCCUUUCCCCCCCAACCCACGCCAGCUGGACAGCGGGGUCAUCGACCAGCUGGUUCUCGGAGACCCCGACGCGCCCCGCUUCGUCUUCUGGGAGGGCCGUCUGCGCCCCGUGCCGGCCGGCCUGCUGGACCUGCCCGUGUUCGACCUCAUGUCCAUCAUCGGCAAGAUCCGUGCCGGCCUUGGUGCUUUCGGUCUCCGCCCCGGCGCUCCCGAGGGCAAGGAGGAGAGUGUGGAGGAGUUCGUCCGGCGCAAUCUGGGAGCAGAGGUGUUCGAGCGCCUCAUUGAGCCCUUCUGCUCCGGUGUGUACGCGGGAGACCCAUCAAAGCUCAGCAUGAAGGCUGCGUUCGGCAAGGUGUGGCGCCUGGAGCAGCUGGGAGGGUCCAUCUUUGGCGGCUCUAUGAAGCUGAUCAAGGAGAAGCAAGCCAACCCGCCGCCCCCUCGUGACCUGCGCCUGCCGAAGCCCAAGGGGCAGACAGUGGGGUCGUUCCAAAAGGGACUCAUCACCCUCCCCACCGGCAUUGCCAACAAGCUCGGCGACAGAGUGAGGCUCGGGUGGAAGCUGACAGCCACAGAGAAGCGGCCAGGUGGCAGCGGCUUCCUGCUGUCCUAUGACACUCCCGAGGGCGCCAAGCAGCUCUCAGCGCGCUCGCUGCUGCUCACCGUGCCCUCCUACGUCGCUGCUGACCUGCUCAAGCCUUACUCGGCAGCAGCAGCAGCCGCCCUCUCGUCCUUCUACUACCCACCGGUGGCAGCAGUGACCAUCUCGUACCCCAAAGAGGCCAUUCGAGAGGACAGGCUGGUGGGCGGGGAGCUCAAGGGCUUUGGGCAGCUGCACCCGCGCACCCAGGGGAUCGUCACUCUGGGCACCAUCUACAGUUCCGUGCUCUUUCCCAACCGGGCCCCAGAUGGCCGUGUGCUGCUGCUGUGCUACAUUGGCGGCGCGUGCAACACCAAGAUCGCCACCAUGAGCGAGGAGGAUAUCGUGAAGCAGGUGGACAUCGAUGUGCGCAAGAUGCUCAUCAAGCCCGAUGGAGCAGCGCCCCAAACGCACGGCGUGCGCGUGUGGCCGCGUGCCAUCCCCCAGUUCAACGUGGGCCAUCUGGACAACCUCGCCAAGGCACGCGCGGAGAUUAAGGCGGCGGGGCUCGAGGGCGUGUUCCUGGGAGGGAAUUACGUGGCGGGGGUCGCGCUGGGUCGGUGCGUGGAGGGUGGGUAUGAGCGCGCGGCGGAGGUGGUACAGUAUUUGAAGGAGAAUGUAGCUGUCAGCAAAUGA